GCUCAGUCUGCCCCAGUCCUGACCAAGCCUCAGGAAGAACUGGAGGUUCUCGCCCUGGCCCCGUGCCUUAACCGUUAAGCUGGUCCGAACUCCUGCUCCCGCCUGUCGCUCUGGAGAUGGCCUUGCUUCUCCUCCUCUUUGGAGGCUUCUGGGCCCAGGUGGUGAGCCUAGAAAUUCUGCAGAACACAACAGUGUUGACAUCUACCCCACGUAUCAAGCACCCUGAAGCCCUAAGUACCUCUGAAGCCUUGAGUGCCAACUCAUCAAUGUAUAUUGGGCCAGUGACAGUGGACCCUAAGGACUCCAUCAACCCCCGGAAGCAGACUCCAAUCCCAGUUUCUUCGACCCCCAUGGAAACUACUGCUGAAUUGUCUUCUUCUGGGACUUCUGCUGGUGACAGCAUGAACACCCCAGUAACUGAGCCUACAACCCCUCAGGAAGUUUUCAGCAAGACAUCAGUACCGCUUCCAGAACCAUCAAAUGUAGCCAGUGAUCCUCCAGUCACUGUAGCCAAUCUUACAACAGACAGAACUGUGACAUCUACAUCUCUAGAAACCUCUAAAGGGACCAGUGCAAAUGUAGCCAGUGAUCCUCCAGUCACUGUAGCCAAUCUUACCACAGACAGAACUGUGGCAUCUACAUCUCUAGAAACCUCUAAAGGGACCAGUGCACCCCCCGUCACUGUGACAACAAGCUCUGAGGAGACCAGUGCAUCCUCUGUGGCUACAACAGUAAGCUCCGAGACCAGUGGUCCCCCUGUCACCGUAGCUACUGGGUCUCUGGGGCCCUCCAAUGAGACGCACAGACUUCCUGCCACCGUAGCAACCAGUUUUGUGGAAAGUUCCAGUGUGGCCCAUGUCAUCCCAGUCUCCAGCAUAGAAAUACUCACGACGUCUACCCCAGCUCCCAUAACCACCAGGUCGCCACGCCGAAGAUCAGGUGGCACGUUGCUGGUGCCCAUGCUCAUUGCCUUGAUAGUGGUUGUGGCCCUCAUGACGCUACUGCUGUUGUGGCGCCAGAGGCAGAAGCGGAGGACUGGGGCCCUGACCCUGAGCAGAGGUGGAAAACGAAAUGGGGUGGUGGAUGCCUGGGCUGGGCCAGCCCGGGUUCCUGAUGAAGAGGCCACAACCGCAUCAGGGGUAGGGGACAACAAGGGCUCUGGGGUACCGGAGACCGAGGGCUCCGGGCAGCGGCCCACGCUCACUACUUUCUUCAGCAGACGGAAGUCUCGCCAGGGCUCUUUAGUACUGGAAGAGCUGAAGCCUGGGUCGGGUCCCAACCUGAAGGGGGAGGAAGAGCCACUUGUGGGCAGCGAGGAUGAAGCUGUGGAGACCCCAACUUCUGACGGGCCGCAAGCCAAAGAUGAGGCCGGCCCUCAGUCCCUAUGAGCAGCAGGUAUUCAUCCAACGUGCUCCUUAACCCUGGAUCCUGCUGUCAGCUGCCUCACACUCUGCAUUUGUGAAUAUCUGUGGGCCAAAUCCAUCCAUCCAUUCAUUCAUUCAUUCUUCAUCCAUUCAUUUCCUCUCUCCCCUGCUGUCUCCCACCUCCCCGUCUCCGUGCUCCCUUUGGAACCAGCUGCUGAAUCUCCAGGAGGAUAAUCUUAGUUGACCCACAUUUUCCCCAAGGAUCCCCCUUGGAAUGCUGGGAUCCAACAAGAAGAAUGAAAUGACAGGCCAGAAAACUCCCCAGGAUGAAGCUGUGAAGUACGGGCACACCCGCCCUCCCCAGCAGGGGCCCUUCAAGAAGAGCCUCUCAGCUACCAUUAGCUUUGAGGCCAUCCAGCUAGCUCUUGGGAGAACUGUGCCUUGUGACUUUCCCCAGAACACUCUGAUUUGGGGCUGGCUGGUGGCUGCUGGGGGAGCCUGCCAGAGAUCGGUGUCUUUUCCUUGGGGUAGGGAUGAGGAGAGUUUCUGGCUCCGUGUAGCCCCUGCACCUGCUGUGUCCACUCGGAAGUAUGGUUUGUGUGCAAUUUAGGUGACGGCUGUGAGUAGUAUUGGUGAAUAUAGACCACGGAGAGAGGAAGCUGGUGAGUUCCGAACGGAGGGACACAGGACCGCUGAGUCCUUGGAUCCCUUCACAGUGCUUAGACAGGGCACAGCUAAAAUUUUAAGUCUGUCUGCAGCCCCCAGAACAAUGCAAAUGUGAUGGGGACUAGAUGUGCCAUCAAGUGUGAGUUCUUCAGCUAAGCUGCCAUAUCCUUUCCUCAAAGGUUCCCUCACACUAGCACUCACCACACCCAUGCCAUGCCGGUGCACACACCAGCAGGCACACAUGCAAGUAGGGGAGAAGAGUCAGCCCAGUGUGAGGACUGGGUGGUGCAAAACCACCGGCUUUGAUGCUUCCUCUACAGACUCAGUUUGUCUGUUUCCUCUUCCAUCCCGAGGCUGAAGCCCUUCCCUUGUCUCAGGGAAUAAGAGAAAGUUAAAUGAAGGACACAGACGGACGGAUGGACGCCAGGGAGUCCCUAAGGGUCUGAGGUAGAGAGAGGGGACAGGCCACAACUGUGCUGCUUCUGACCCCACCAGCCUCUGAUACCAGCCCAGGCACAUGGUGCAAAGGUGGCUGCUGGAGGAGAUUUGCAAGAGGAAGCUGUUGAGUCAGAGGCUCUGUGCUUGAGAACAGACUGACCUACAAAAAGAGAUGUGUGUGUGCGGUUGUGUGUGGCCUGGAUGGGAAAGGGGAAGGUGUGAGGGUGGGGACAAGGAAUGGAAAGGAACUUGGACCAGCUGCCACCACAUCCAGGCGUCAUCGUUCCCUCCCCGGAGUCUGUGGGGACGAGGAAGGGCUGAGCUGGGCACACCUGGGCCACACUGAACCCAUUUCUCCUGCUCACUCGGGGCUGUGAGGACCAGCUACAACAGCGAUGGCUCAAGAGAGUUGCAAAUGUCCCUUAAGGGACGCAGCAACUGCUGUGGCUGAUUUUUGCCAAACAGAGUGUCCCAGUUUCAGACUUAGAAAAGAAUGUCAUCAAGCUGAGAGAUCAAUGGUUCUGCCUGUCUUGUCCCACUGUCACUUCUGAGGUGUUUCAGGUUUUCAGGUACAGGGAGGAAGACACGGAAAUGGGGUAGAGAUGGUGGAUAGCACCCAAUAGGACAUCAGCCUAGACAGGGUCAAAUGUUCUGGGUGCUAAGUGGCAUGACAGACAAGUGACACAAGAGGACCAAAACUAGGAAAUGGUUAGUAUUCUACCUCUGAAGGGAGACAAGGAAGUUCCAGGGGCUUGGCCACAUCUCUCUUCCUAGCGGCUCUGGUGCCUGGCCGGCAGCAAGCACUCAAUGCAUGUUCCCGUGAAUGAACGGAUGGAUGGAUGGACAGACAGAUUGAUGGAUGGAGGGGGGAUGGAUGGAUGAGGUGCUGGCAGACAGCAAGGGGAAGGCAUUUCACACAAAGACUAGUAAUGCAAAAGCAUAAGUGGAGCAGGGAUUGUGGUGGUCACAGACAGCUGUCCCUCAGCUGAGGAGAGAGAGAGCCCAGGAAGCAACAGAUACAGGAAAAGCAAAAAUAGAAGAAAAAAAGCAGGCAAACAGAAACAGGAGAUGAAAUACACGGUGACAGUUUCAUCUCCAUCAGUUAUGAAACCAUAGUAAGUGGCUUGUGUUGUGACAUGCUGGGCCUUGUCUUCAGAAAUGUGUAAUGACCUCAGAAAUGCCUGCGGCUGACACGGGGUAGGGAGACGUAAGUGAUCUGUAAAUACAUAUGUAUUAUCUCAUUUGUAAUAGAAGCUACAUCCUGAAUGUUUAGUGUGGGCCUCCUAAAGCUGGGGAAUUUAAGUGUGAUUUUCACCUUACUUUUCUGUGUUUUACACAAUAAAUGCCUUUACUUUUA